GUCCGGCAGAGCUAAGCAGUCAAGAUGUGUGACUUCACCAAGGACCAGACUGCAGAAUUCAAGGAAGACUUCCAGCUGCUUGACCGAACAGGUAAUGGCAAGAUCCAAUACAGCCAAUGUGGGGAUGUGAUGAGAGCCCUGGGCCAGAACCCCACCAAUGCCGAGGUGCUCAAUGUCCUGGCGAAUCCCAAGAGUGAUGAGAUGAAUGUGAAGAUACUGGACUUUGAGCACUUUUUGCCUGUGCUGCAGACUGUGGCCAAGAACAAGGACCAGGGCACCCAUGAGGAUUAUGUUGAAGGCCUUCAGGUAUUUGACAAAGAAGGGAGUGGCACAGUAAUGGAUGCUGAAAUCCGGCAUGUCCUUGUCACGCUGGGUGAGAAGAUGACAGAAGAAGAAGUGGAGAUGCUGGUAGUAGGGCACAAGAAUAGCAAUGGUUGUAUCAACUAUGAAGAGCUCAUCCGUAUGGUGCUGCAUGGCUGA